GUUGUAAUUACUGAAAACAUGCUGAGGAACAAGAAAAAAAACAACCAGCUAGCUCCCAUGUUCCCGUAAACAACUGCGAAGACAACGUUAAUUGGUUAUGAACUGUAAUAUAUUUCGCACUGUACAGCUGGUUAAUGAUUUUUCUUUAAGCACUGCCGUGUAGCUAUAGCAGAUCUAGUUUUAUAUCACGUCUUUGGUGACGACAAAUACAGACGGGUCAUCAGUCCGUGUCUGAGUCCAAUGGAUCAGUGUGUGAACGUAGAACGGGAGUUGGAGAAAGUGCUCCAGAAAUUUUCGAGCUAUGGGCAACACUGCGAUAGGACACUAGAGGAACUAGUGGAUUACACCAGUGGACUCAAACAGGAAAUUUUACAGACAAGCGGUGAAGAGCAGGAGCUCCCGGGCACAUUGUCACUGGUGCUAUCCCAGUGCUGUAAGAGGGUAAAGGAUACUGUUCAGAAACUGGCCUCCCACCAUAAGGACAUCCACAGUAGUGUGUCCCGUGUGGGGAAGGCCAUUGACAAGAACUUGGACUCAGAUCUGGGCAGUGUCGGGAUGGAGGCGUGUUGGCAAACGGAGAGCCAGAGGGUGCUCAGUGAAGUCAUGGUGGAGCACUUUUUUCGUCAGGGAGUCCUGGAUGUAGCUGAGGAGCUGUGCCAGGAAGCUGGACUUUGCAUUGAUCCAAGUCAGAAGGAGCCUUUUGUGGAACUGAACAGAAUACUAGAAGCUCUUAAAUUGAGAGAUCUCAGACCUGCAUUAGAGUGGGCGGUGGAGAACAAGGAGAUGCUCAUGGCCCAGAACAGCUCCCUGGAGUUCAAGCUGCACAGGCUGAAUUUCAUUAGACUGCUGAUGGGAGGAACAGCCAAUCAGAGAGAGGCACUUCAGUAUGCUAAAAACUUUCAGCCUUUUGCUCUCAACCACCAAAAAGACAUCCAGGUGUUGAUGGGGAGCUUGGUGUACCUGCGGCAGGGGAUAGAGAACUCGCCCUAUGUCCACCUGCUGGAUUCCAACCAGUGGUCAGACAUCUGUGACAUCUUCACCCGAGAUGCCUGCUCACUGCUGGGCCUCUCAGUGGACUCCCCCCUCAGUGUCAGUUUUUCAGCAGGCUGUGUUGCCCUGCCUGCCCUGAUCAACAUUAAAGCAGUCAUUGAGCAGCGACAGUGCAUAGGCGUGUGGAACCAGAAAGAUGAAUUGCCUAUAGAGGUGGACCUGGGGAAGAGGUGCUGGUACCACUCGGUGUUUGCCUGCCCCAUCUUGAGACAGCAGACCACAGACAGCAACCCACCCAUGAAGCUGGUGUGUGGACACAUCAUCUCCAAGGAUGCCCUCAACAAAAUGAUCAAUGGAAGCAAGUUGAAGUGCCCAUACUGUCCAAUGGAACAGGUACCAGCAGACGCAAAGCAAAUCUACUUCUGAAGGACGGUCAGGAAUUUGGCAGUCCUCUGAAGUGUUUGCGUGUGUGUGUGUGUGUGUGUGUGUGAAUGUGUGUUGUACUGCAGGGUGUUCAUUUUGGAAAAUGUGCCAAUAUGUAGAAACACUGACACGCUGCAGAUUUGGAGAGAGACAUAGUGACUGUAUUAUGCUUCUUUUAUACAAUUAUCUGAAGAGGCCACACCAGCGCUCAAUGUCUUUGGCCGGUUUAUUUAGUGAAAGAUAUGUAUUAUUUUCUAUUAUUUUUUCUCUUCUUGAAAUAUCAGUGUAUCAUCAUAUUGAUAUGUUUGUAUGUCAACUGUUGGGAAAUUUGCUGUGGAAUGUGUUUCUUUUUUCUUCUAAAAAUGUAUAUAAAUUUGCCUAAAUGGAUAUGUAGCUACUACUACUACUGGUUUGCAUUUCUAUUUUUAAUUGAAAACAAGUUGUGUACAGAGACAAGUGGAAAUGGCCAUCUCUGGGCCUGAGCUAUUUAAAACGCAUUGCUAAUUUAUAUUGUUUAAUUGUGGAGGUGUGGCAAGAAUUGUUUCUUUGCUUUAAUGAUUAUUGUUUUGUGUAAUGCAAUAUUUAGUAAAUACAGACAGGGACAAUAUUUUCUCCUAGUUUCUGUUGGUUUUGGAAAUAAAGCACUGAAACAAA